CGUAAGUGUUGUUACACUUUUCGAAAUGGCCUCCGGAAUGUUAUGAAGACAGCUGCACAUUGUCGUCCUAGAAAUGAUGUUAUUUGCUUGUGCGGAGCACAAAUAGCCGUGGAAGUUUGCCUGUGCAUGUUCUAAUAUGAUACGGCAGCAAAGCAGUUUAAGUGACCUUCCGAAAGGUCCAUUCACGGCAACCAAACUAUGGAACGAAGUGGUGAGCGAAAUGAAGGCAAGUUUGACUGUAAAACGACGCCGCUAUCGAAUGAAGACCUACGAGGAUGCCUUCUUAGCCUCAGAAGCUAUUGAUUGGCUUCACGGUUACCUUCAGAGCAACCCAAACUUUGGUCCAAAUGUGAGCAGGCAACAAGCAGUUCAGCUAUGCCAAAAAUUUCUAAACAAUGGAGUCAUAGAAGAUGUUCGAGGCAAAAACUACAACUCUGUAUUUGAAGAUAACAGUCACCCAUUUAGGUUUAAAAACAUACGGUAUUCCCCAUACAAGGGAGUCAAGUCUCCGGUCAAAAGCUUGGGCAAAGAGAACCCCUCAAACUCAACUUUAAAGAGCUGUAAUUCUAGCUCAAAUUUGCCCGAUUUUAGCCCACCAAGAUUACGAAAAAGACCAAGUUUUUCAUUCAAGCCCUUAACACGAUCAUCAGCACCGUCCAGAACACCGCUAGUCGACAAAGCCAACCUUCCAGAGUCAGCCAUGAGUGACUCCAAGGCUGUCAAUGCUCCUGUGAAAAGAAGAAAGCUUAUUAGAAGAGAUAGCAGCGCCUCAAUUAUAAUGAAUCCUGUGGCUUUGGGUCUACAACCAUGCAGUCGAAGUCUUACAGAGAAAGAGAUUAGCCAGGUCUGGUGGAGCAUUUCUAUCUCACGCCUGGUCACUCUUCUGGAUAUGGAAAACACCCCUGAUGAGUUUAAAAGGCUGGAAUACGAUAUAAGUUGUGUACGAGAGAAUGCAGAAGAGCAAAGAAUGUGUAAAGCCAGUGAAGUGGUGCCGCCAUGGCUUCUGUCAGCCAUGAAAUGCUUAGUGCACUGGCCUAUAGAUGAACAGAAGGAGAGUGCUUCAUUUCCAAAGUACCCUGGCUUUGAACGGGAUGUAUUCAAGGCAAUAGUUGACCACUACCAUGGAUUCCAUGCACCAUUGAUAGAAGAAAACAUUCUUCCUUUAUUCAUUAGGACUGCAGACACAAUUGUGAGGUGUAAAAUGACGGCACUAAAGUCAAUGCAGUACUGCUGCCUGCUAUUGCAGCCGCACAUGAGGAGAAAUUUACAAGUUCUUAUCAAGUUCAUGGUCAAACUUGCGCAGAACACAAACAUUUCUCUCAGCUCUACCCUACCAACAAGAGAACUGGUGAUUCAGUCGUUCAGCAAAUGCACGUUUGGGCACACGGGAGACAUGAAUGUUAUACGGCUGCUGUUUUUCAUGAUGGAGAACUUCCCUGAUGUCUUUAAGAAACCAGAAGGGCUCAAGUUCCAUGUCGACCAGCGAAUUCUCUUUCUUCAGAACUGCAGGGGUAAUAAGCAUCAGUUGCCGAGACAGCAAAGUGGAGUCACAUAUUGUGAGCGUGUUACCAAGGAAGAGUACAAAGAGGAAGGCAUCCUCAACUCACAAAAAGCCCUUAAAGAUCUUCUGGACCAGAUAAUUGACAACCAGACCCUGUCCGAAAAGCAGCGACGUAAGCAACUUAAGCAGUUUGAAAAGGCGUAUCCUGGAAUCUACUACGCGCGUUUCCCAGAGAUCACCGCGGGUGGAACAUGCACACUACAGCGCUCGAAGCAGCUGCGCAAUAUCAUGAAGCCGCUGACCACCCUGAAAGGCGUUAGAUGACGCACGGAAUCGAGAAAACCGCUGAUCACACAAGUAGCAUAGAUAAAGGACCCGAUAUGCGAGAAAUUUUAUCAGAUAAUAACGACAUUUUUAGCAUGGCUAAAAAAACUAUCAUCUAUGAACUAUAUUUUUUUACAUGACAGUUCUAUUUCAAAUAAUUUUGAAACUUUUUAGAAUAAUACUCUUGUUCCGCUAUCUUACUUAUUUUAUCAUAUUUUCGAAAUUUGUUUCUAUGAAACAAGCAAAUUUGUCAAAAUCUUACUUCUCAAAUAUGAAAACAGCAUAUUACAAGUAAAACAUA